AUGCAAGCCACCGCUCGUCCUGUCCUGUUCGUACCGAUCAUCUUCAACUCCAGUAACCCCUUUGAGCCUGUGAAAGACGAAAAUCUCACGUUGCUCGAAGCGAUGGCCUCAGAUAAGAGCAACAUCAAUAAUGAGACGAAAUUGAUCGACCCAUCCAAAUUCAUCACGCUGCGGGAGAACGAUUGGAGAGACAAUCAUGAAAGAAAAAUGAUAAUUUGGUCGGUUGAAUCCAUACAUCAUCCUGACUAUGGUAAAAAUUAUCCAAAAGGAGGCGCAUACAGGCUCACCACAAAAUCACAAGUGAUGUCAUUUGUUAUACUGGGAUCAGUGAUUGGAUUCAUUCUCUACACGUAUCUAUCUCACGUAAUCAUGAUGAGGCGACUUAAUCGAGAGUUAAAGGCGGCUAAUCUCAGAGAACUUGUACAUAGAUCUGCUAUGAUAAUGGCUGGAUCCGCUCAAGAAAACGAUCUCAACAUGCCUGAAAGGAGACAUUCCCUCAUCAACAUGUUCGGAAACUUCCGGCUGUGA